GUGUUUGUGACUGACAUAAGGGUCACGUGAGCAAUUUUACAAAAAAACAUGAGUGGAUCAUUUUGAUAGUGUAUGUAUUUUUUGUCUUAUUUCAAAUAAUCAGCCAGUGCGUAUGUCACAAUUACUUUUUACAGACAAAUUUGACAAUAUCGUCGGUAAUAGCUCGUUAUACAACGAAGUGUUUUCAAAUCUGCUCAAAACACAAUGCAAUUAUAACUGCAAAAGGAGUAUAGUACAAUCGCAGAGGAUGUGAUAGAGGAAUUCAAUUAAUUUAUUAAAUAAAAAUGGAGCAAAUUUCACAAGAAUCGUCUGUGCCGGGAAUUCUUCAAAUAUAUGUGACAGUAGAAUGUGCACACUUACAAAGCAGUUCCUUUAUAAAACCAAGCCCUUAUGCAGAAAUAAGUAUAGAUGGUCAGACACCCCUUAAGACCGAGACUGUUAAAAAUACAACUCAACCAAAGUGGAACGAAUCAUUUAAUUUGUCUGUCACACUUCAGUCAAAACUAAAAUUUGCUGUAUUAGACAGAAACAGUUUUCGAAAGGACACUAUUGUUGGUGAGAAAACAGUAGAUUUUUAUCAACUGCUUUUACACUCAGACGGUAGAGAUUGUGAUGUGACACUGGAUUUGAUGAAUGAGGGCAAGCAAUUGGAUAAUCCUAUAAAAGUUGGUGAAUUACUCUGUACAUUUAAAGGAUUUGACAAUAUAUCAAGUUCAAGACGAAUGCCUGGUUCGAGAAAUUCUGCCGGCAAUCUACAUCAAAUGAUGCAGAAUAGUAAUGGUUCUUCUGUUAUGGUUUUAAGUGGCAUAAGAAUUAAAUCCAGGCACCAACAAAUGGAUAGUGCACUACCUGAAACAUUACCAAACUCUUCAUCAUCUUCAUCAAUAAGGCCUGAAAGACCUGCUCCACCAGUGCCAAUUGUACCUGCUGCAACUAAUUCAGAUAGCCCAACAGGGGGAAACAUCGGCCCACCCGCUACUGUUCCCACUAAUUCUGCACUGCAGCAAGAGCAGGACGAACAGAGAGUAGACGAACCACUUCCUCCAGGAUGGGAAAUGCGGUAUGACACUUAUGGACGGCGGUACUACGUCGACCACAAUACAAGGUCGACGUCGUGGGAGAGGCCCCAACCACUUCCCCUGGGUUGGGAAAUGAGACGCGAUCCUAGGGGGCGCGUCUAUUAUGUCGAUCACAACUCGAGGACGACCACAUGGCAGAGACCUAAUCUAGAAAGGCUUCAGCAUUACCAACAAUGGCAGGGUCAAAGGCAGACUGUUGUUCAGCAAGGUAACCAAAGAUUUUUGUAUCCCCAGUAUCAAGCGGGUCCAACUCCCAGUACUUCGGUACCGUCAGACGAGGACGAUGGUUUAGGGCCGUUACCGUCGGGAUGGGAGCGUAGAGUGCAGCCCGAGGGACGUGUGUAUUUUGUAAACCACAAAAACCGCACUACUCAAUGGGAAGAUCCUCGUACUCAAGGGCAGGAAGUGGGCGAGCUCGAUGAACUCCCUCUUCCGCCAGGUUGGGAGAUACGUUACACUGAAGACAAUAAAAGAUAUUUUGUGGACCACAAUACAAAAACGACCACCUUUGACGACCCGCGUCCUGGCGCUCCUAAAGGGCCUAAAGGUGUAUAUGGUGUGCCGCGAGCAUACGAGAGGUCUUUUAAAUGGAAAAUUAGUCAAUUCAGAUUUCUAUGUCAGAGCAACGCGCUAGCUAGUCACAUUAAAAUUCAAGUAACCAGACAGACAUUAUUUGAAGACUCGUUCCACGCGAUCAUGCGUUUGCCGGCCUAUGAAUUGCGCAGACGUUUAUACAUAAUUUUUAAAGGGGAAGAGGGCCUAGAUUAUGGCGGUGUGAGCCGCGAAUGGUUCUUUUUGGUAUCCCACGAGGCCCUUAAUCCGAUGUAUUGUCUCUUUGAAUACGCGAAUAAAAACAACUACAGCUUGCAGAUUAAUCCCGCGUCCUACGUAAAUCCUGAGCACUUGACCUAUUUUAAGUUCAUUGGGCGAUUCAUUGCGAUGGCUCUUUACCACGGAAGAUUCAUUUAUUCGGGAUUCACAAUGCCGUUUUACAAAAGAAUGUUGGGGAAAAAGUUGAUUAUGAAAGACAUUGAAAGUAUUGAUCCUGAAUUUUACAACUCGCUGGUAUGGAUUAAGGAGAAUAAUAUUGAUGACUGCGGUCUAGAAUUAUACUUCAGCGUCGACUUUGAAGUACUAGGACAAGUGGUUCACCAUGAACUGAAGAAGAACGGAGAUUCCGAGCGGGUGACUGAAGAGUCCAAAGAAGAAUAUCUUACUAUGAUGACCAAUUGGCGCAUGACAAGAGGCAUUGAGCAACAAACGCAGGCAUUUUUGGACGGGUUUAAUGAAGUUGUUCCUAUCGAAUGGCUCAAGUAUUUCGACGAACGGGAACUGGAGCUGUUACUCUGUGGUAUGCAGGAAAUUGACAUUGAAGAUUGGCAGAAACACACCAUAUACCGACAUUAUACCAGAAAUAGCAAGCCUGUGGUUUGGUUCUGGCAAUUUGUCAAGCAAUCAGAUAACGAGAAACGAGCUAGGUUGCUGCAGUUUGUAACUGGAACAUGUCGAGUUCCAGUUGGAGGAUUUGCAGAGUUGAUGGGUUCGAACGGGCCUCAAAGGUUUUGCAUCGAGAAGGUGGGUAAGGAUUCGUGGUUGCCACGCUCCCACACCUGUUUUAAUAGGCUAGACCUACCUCCUUAUAAAAGUUACGAGCAAUUGGCUGAGAAGCUGACUUAUGCUAUUGAAGAGACGGAUACAUUUGGCCAAGAAUAAACUUGUGAUUCUGAUGUACAUAUAUUUUACAUAAAUAAAUAGAUAAAUUGUUCGCAUUUAUGUUGCAGAAGAGUAAUUUAAUCUUAUAUAUUUAUAUAUAUUUUGAAACUGAUACUGUAUAAAUUAGUUUUUGUUUACACCUUUAUUAAUGGAUUUAACUAUUGAAAUGUGUUUCAAUUGAAAGUAAUUGCAGUAUUAGUUUGUUUAUCUGAUUAUUAAAGAAAAUACGAAACAAAAUGUGCCUUUUUUGGAAAGAUCUAUCGAUCACCAAACCACAUAAAGGUAGGAAAGUUGAGCAAUAUUCUAUUAAAUUUUCCAUGGGAGCAAAUAGCGCAGACUUUUAUAUACUUUAAAUUACAAAAUAAAUAUUUAAAAUGUUUUACUUGGUAGACAAUUAUCAACAAAAGUUUAUGUAGCUCAAAAAAAUAAUAAUACAUAGUUGUGGUAUGGUGGCUUGAUUAGGAUUAGACGGAAAUUUGUAGCCUAGAAAAAAAAUUUUUAGUUCUCACAUAUCAGAUAAUUAUUUGUAUUGCUUACGUUGUGUAACGGAAGAUGUUGUAUAUUAAAAAACAACUAUACCGAGAAAAAAAUCACCUGUUGCUUUCAAAUGCGUGUUUAAAAUUAAUUUUCAAUCAUCCGUUUUAUGGUAUCUGGUAUGCAAAAGUGUUUAUACACUUCAACGUAUCUCGAAAUUUUGAAAAGUGAAUUUUAAUUUCAAUUUUCAAUUGUAGGAGAAUGUCAAAACCUUUAUUGUUAUACUAGCAAGUUUGAUUUGUAAAUAUUAAAAAAUUAACCUUUAGUCUUAUUAUUAGCCGUUUUUUUUUUAUUAGACUACGUAAGACUAAGUAGUUUAAAGGAAACCAUUUUUUAGUGGUACCUAAAUAUUGUCAUAACCACAAAAAAACUCUUAUGCCAAUAACUUAGUCCAAAAUUAAUGUUUUUAAUAAAUUGUUGGUAAAUAUUUUCUUAUCGAAUUAUGCAUUUUUUUUUAAUUCACUAUGACGAUUAUGACAGUAGUAGUAGUUAUUUAUAUAAGCAUUAUAAAUUGCAUCCAAAUAUUUUAUAAACAAUAUGCAGAAAAAAAGUAAAAUAGACGCGGGUAGCUUUGAUAACUGAAACCUUAGAAAAACCUAAAAAUUCUAGCGCAGGGUAUCCUGGAAAUGGUAGUUACUUUGUAGUUCAAUGGUGAAUUUUAUCUUUUCUUUAUCUUUUUUUUUAUUGUAUUACAGUAUUACGAUUACUUCAAUUGUUUUCAUUUUAUGUGGAAAAACCAAAAGAAAUAGAUUUAAAUUGUUUAUAUAAUAUUAAUAAGUUGAAGUUCUGGUUGGAAUUUAUAAUAAAAUAUAACUAUGGAUGAUCGUUGCUGCACAAUCGGUAUUCAGGUAGUUUUUUUUGCUCGCAUCUUAUAUUUCUAUAAGUUAAGGGACACAAAUAAAAUUAAAACUCGGGAAACGCUUAUUACAAUAUAUUGUUGACUCAUAUAUAAUAAACUCGUUUUCGAUUUUUCAACGGCAUAUGUAUUUCUUUAGUAGUGGAUACAAGGUAGUUAGCAAAUGUUUUGUAAAAAACUUUAAGAAGGCACACAAAAUGUAAAUUGAAGUACAAAUUUUAAAAUAUGGUAUGUACGUCUUACAGAAUAAAUUUUAGAUCAAAAAUAGAUUUCGGAGAAUUUCUAUGUGCUAAAGCUAAGCUAUAUCGUCGGCAUUAGCUAGAGAUUUGAAUUUUCUUAAAUUAUUUAAUUACCUAGGGUAUAGAAAAAUCUAAAUAUGACAAUAGUGACAUUUUAAUCCUGAAUCCAAGCCACUAGCAUGGUUUUCAGAUAUAUCUUCGUCACGUUAGAAGAGUUGUUUCCUAAUAAAUUUACAUUUUUUAUUAUAUUUUUUUAUCUUUAACAAUAGAUGAGGCUUAAAUUUAAAGUCCAAAUCAAUGUCCGGUAGCACAUGCAUGGGAGCAAUGAUACACUCAUUUCCAAAAGCUUAGGUAACGUUCACGGCCUCAAAACGAAGGAACCAAAUGACCCCGACUUGGGAGGAUUGUUUUAUCCAUAGCGAUAAUAUAAUUGCACAAAAGCAAAAUUAUUGGUUCAUUAACUCACAAGAUAGUGUCAUAAAUAGGAUUGUCCAAUUCUUUUUAUUGUUUUGGAAAAAAAAAACAUCCGCAAGUACUUGUUUAACUUGAUACCAAGCAACAAAAUUGCCCGCUGUACAUCUUAAUAUCCGAGUUGAAAUUUUAUAUUAUCUUAUUUUUAAGCAGUCAUAAGUUUUUAAUAAUUACCUAUGGCGUUUUCAUUUAUCUCUUUAUUUUUCCGUCGGUAGGUAUCAUUUGC